AUGGCGUACUCCACUGGCACGCUAGCGCAGGGCUGUUUUGGGAAGGUGUACAAAGAGAAGUACAACGACACCUGGGCUGCGAUAAAGAAGGUCCCCCAAAAUCUCAUCAACAGGAAGGACCUGGAGAGAGAGUGUGAAGUGUACAACAAGGUGAGUCAUCCCAACAUAGUGAAGCUUCUGGGCAACAUAAAUCUGAAAGAUGGGAAAUGGGUCAUUCCUCUGGAGUUCAUCUUCGGUGAAGACCUGGAGACGACCAUCUUUAAAACUUCCAAGUCUAAAAUACAGUUGACUCCAUCUAAUCGAGGAACAAUCAUUAUUGGCAUGUGUGAAGGGCUGCUGCACCUCCACUCCAAAGAUGUUGUCCAUCAAGACCUCAAGCCUGAAAACAUAAUGGUGGAGCAUGACACCAACAGAGCGGUGAUCAUUGACCUGGGACUCGCCAAGUUCUUCCGAUGCGGCCUCAACUCUGCCAUGGACAUGGGCAACCCGGCCUACUCGGCCCCCGAAGUGCUGCAGAGGGGCAGCCAGCGGGACCAGCGCUCAGACGUGUGGGCCAUGGGUAAGAUCAUCGCCGAGCUCUGCGCCCGGAUCCGGCUGUACACACCAACCGUCUGCCCCGCCAAGAUCAAGGAGACCCUGCACGAUCAGCCAUACUGCCACGCUGUGUGCAGGAUGGUGGAGCCUGACCCUUCUCUGAGGGCCUCCAUGGGGGGGGUCAUCAGUGGAAUACGAAUGGCCGGAAGUGCAGGCAUCGUCACCAAGCCACCUCCACAAAGAGACCACCUCAAGCUACCUUCACCCAAUGUGAAUGCCAGAAACAGGUCUCCUUCACCCAGGGACAGAGAUCCAUCUCCCCUGAAAAGAGAUCCUUCGCCAUUUAAAAGAGCCCCAUCGCCGUUCAACAGGGAUCCUUCACCAUUGAACAGAGCCCCAUCGCCGUUCAACAGGGAUCCUUCACCAUUGAACAGA